CCGGAACUACGGUUGAAUUCCCACCAUCGGCAAACUCCCCCGCUCCGAAAGAGCAACAAGCACAGUUCAAUUUAUCCAUCCACAUCCUUCGUGUUCCUCACACAUCUCUCGCUCUUGAGUUCGCCUCGAUGACGUCCACGCCCACCAAGCCCGAUGGAAAGACGAAUCUGAUUUUGGCGCGCCAGUACAAGGAACUGAAGAAAAAUCCUGUUGAUGGCUUCUCCGCAGGGCUUGUCGACGAAAGCAACAUCCUGGAAUGGGAGGUUAUACUCAUUGGGCCGCCCGAUACCUUGUAUGAAGGAGGCAUCUAUCGUGCACGGCUAACUUUCCCUCCGGAGUAUCCACUUUUGCCGCCAAAGAUGAAAUUCUUAACCAAGAUGUGGCACCCCAACAUUUACGAAAAUGGCGAGGUUUGCAUCUCGAUCCUCCAUGAUCCGGGAGACGAUCAGUGGGGGUACGAGAAAGCCAGUGAACGUUGGUUACCUAUCCAUACUGUAGAGACUAUUCUCGUAUCGGUUAUCUCUCUGCUUAGCGCAGACCCCCCCAGCCUUGAUAGUCCCGCCAAUGUUGAUGCUGCCAGACAAGUGCGCACAGAUCUCUCCGGAUACCGCAAGAGAGUUCGACGUCUUGCCCGUGAAAGCGCCGAAGAGGCAUACGAGUAGCCCACAUGGGCCUCUGCCGUUUCGGGUUGUCCAAGGGACGACACAGCUCAACCUCAAAUCUUGGCAAGCUAACGUCUUUCCUCAACUUGGGUCACGUGUCAUACCAUUGGUUCCGUCACUCUUUUUUUUUUCCCUUACGCACACAAUGAAUCGCAUAUUCACCUGCUCUCGAAGACCGCGUCAUGGACAAGUGGUGCAUAACGCACCUCAGUAUCCCUGGUUGUCAGCCACAGUCUUCCCAUCAUCGAUACAAAGGCUUUUCUUAGUUCUAAUCUGUUAUCCCUGUACUGAAUCACUUACGCUCCUUUAAUGUGAAUGACCUUUUGCUGCAAUCCGGUCAGACCCAUUCCAAAGUAUUCCAUGACUAAAUGAAAGGAAAGUUUUCAUAAUCGAGUCAUCCGGA